AUGGAGUAUGUAUAUGACUACAUGUUCCACUUGCUGAAUGAAUAUGCAAAGCUCUUGAAGUAUAAACCCACUGUACCUCCAGGAGCCGUUGAAGUCUGCUCAGAGACAAUGGUCUGCAAUGCCAAAGGGUUAGAUAGAGAGUUCAUGAUAGAAUCCAUG